CCUGAAGCGUUCCAGAAAGUUUCAGCCUGAAGAUAGACUCUUCUCUUUAUCAUCAGUUACCUCGCCUGCAUAUCAGGUAGAAGAACAUGUGGCUGGAAGAGAUGAUGGAAGAGGAGAUUAUGGUUUUGGUAGAUCAAAGGGUUCAGGAACACCAGCAAAUGGACAGGGAAAGCCUAAGAAGGGCAGAUCAGCUCCAAGGGACGGCAAGAGGAUCAGGCCUUCAAAUGAGCAGGAUAUAGAUGAUGAAGAUGAUCCUGACCUCAGUUUGAGAUAGCCAUUGGUGGAAAUCUAGAGCAUUGUACUUAUCUGAAAUAACCAAAAAAAAAAGGAAUUUAAUAAAAAAAAAGAAAAAAAAGAAAGAAAGUUCAUGGUCUUACGUUUGGGAGUUAGAAAAUCUCGUGCAGCUUUGGCAAGCCGUUCUUCAAAUUGUAUGUAAUCUCAAAUUUCUGCAUUUUCGUAAUAAUUUAUUUUUACUUGGAAGGUCAAGUUCUUGAAAUCAAUUGAGGUUUUGUAAAUUUAUGAA